GGUUUUAUUUUUUUGCCUACUAAGUUGUUACUUGAAAGGUGUUUGAAACCAUUUCACUACAAAAGGGGUUGUUGGCCUUUGAACACAUACCUAGCCGGAUUUUAAACUUUACAUUCGAUGUUUUGCCCUUUUUGAUUAAAUAUUAUUUAACUCCUUCACCCCUAAAAGUUUUUUUUACAAAUUCAUUCACAUGCUUUUAUACCUAGUCUGAAUUUCCAACCUUCUGCGUCAAACAUUGCGAUAUUUAAAGACUAAUUCAAUUGAAUGGUAAGUACUUUCAAAAUCUUAGUUUGAAAUUCACUCUAAAACAAAUUUACUUUCUGCGUUUGCAAUAUCUCCCAAUCUCUCGAAAGACGUAUGUGAAAUCUCGAAUAUAUUUUUAAGUACUUCAAGAAAUAAAAUGGUGACAAUCGAGGUCUAAUUUUAUCAUUAGUAGUCUCAUCGAUGAACAAAGGACCUACUACUCAGACACCAACCCAAAUUGUUGAUAUGAUGAUAUCAAGUAAGAAACGGGUCUUUCGUCGCUUCCUUCUUCCUUCUGAUCUGUCUGUGUCACCCAAUCCACCAACUAAUCAGUCAACCAACCAUACAGAGCAAACAAGAUUUGUGGGAGUGGACGGGUAUAAAAGUUCUGAAAAAUUUGAGUACACCAUCAGUUCAAUUUGAUCUAAAAUCCCAAAACCAACUAAAAAAAAUGAAGACCUUCAUCGCCCUCAUUCUCUUGGCCGUAGCCUCUGCCGCUCCCGCUGCUGACAAGCCCGAGCCCACCUACGAGCCCCGUUAUGAGCCCCGAUACGCCCCCGCCCCUUACAAGCCAGCCUACAAGCAACCCGCCUAUGAGGAACCUCCCAAGUAUGAGUACCAAUAUGCCGUAGCCGAUCAUUACUCCGGUGCCGAUUUCAACCAGAACGAGGCCCGUGACGGUUAUGCCACCAACGGCGAGUACCGCGUUGUCCUUCCCGAUGGCCGUACCCAAAUCGUGACCUACACCGUUCAAGACAAUGAAUCCGGAUACGUGGCUGAUGUCAAAUACGAGGGCGAGGCUUCAUACCCUGAGGAGAAGCCUUCGUACAAGCCCGCUUAUAAGCCCGCUUACGAACCCGCUCCUGCCUAUGAGGCCUAGAUGCAAGGAAAACUUCAAUAUUUAUCACGAUAUCUAUUCGCCAUAAAUAUACUUGCAAAUCGACUA